AUGAGCACGAAGUAUUUGAAAGAUCGACGGUACAACGAAGGGCUGAAAAACACGGCCAUAUGGGGCUACUUCAAAAACGCUGCAACAUAUGGUGUAGGCACCUCUAUGGAAGGCUCUCCCUACUUCAGUCGCCUCGAAGACGCAUCCGGCUGGACCUGGGCGAUUCCCCUUCACAACAGAACAACCUCCGUUGGUGUUGUCCAACACCAGAACAGUGUCAAGGCGAAAAAGCAAGCAAUGGGAUCGCCAUCAUCCAAAGACUACUUUCUGAGCUGUCUGCACGAAGUGUCUGGGAUUAUGGACCUUAUAGAAGGUGCGGAGCUCGUCUCCGAGGUCAGAUCCGCGUCGGAUUGGUCGUACAAUGCGUCAUCCUAUGCGGCUGCCAAUGUGCGCAUAAUUGGAGACGCUGGGUGCUUCAUCGACCCGCUUUUCUCAUCUGGCGUUCACCUUGCUCUUCUAGGGGCUCUGUCUGCGGCGGCCACAAUCUGCGCGUCCAUGAAAGGCCAAUGCAGCGAGCGGGCUGCCGGUAAGUGGCACUCCGAGAAGGUUCGCGAGGCGUACACACGCUUUUUGCUGGUUGUGAGCAGUGCAUAUGCCCAAAUGGCCCACAAGGACCGUCCUGUACUUAAUGAGCUCGGCGAGAACAGCUUUGAUCGAGCUUUUGACGUAUUCCGGCCGAGUAAGUCAUCUGGCUGA